GGGCGGGGCGGGAGCCGAGCUGGGAGAAGGGAGCCAGCGAGCAGGCGGCAGGCAGGCACGGUCUGCGCGAGGAGCAGGCGAGCGGGAAGACGAGACGCAGCCACCUUCCUCACCAGCCAGCCCUCCGCGGUUUGUUCCCUUCCUCGGGAGUGCGCCAAUGCCUGGUCCGACCCAAACCCUGUCCCCAAAUGGCGAGAACAACAACGACAUCAUCCAGGAUAACGGGACCAUCAUUCCUUUCCGGAAGCACACAGUGCGCGGGGAGCGUUCCUACAGUUGGGGAAUGGCUGUCAAUGUGUAUUCUACCUCGAUAACCCAAGAGACUAUGAGCAGACAUGACAUCAUCGCAUGGGUUAAUGACAUAGUAUCUUUAAACUACACAAAAGUGGAACAGCUUUGUUCAGGAGCUGCCUAUUGCCAGUUUAUGGACAUGCUCUUUCCGGGCUGCAUUAGUUUGAAGAAAGUAAAAUUUCAAGCAAAGUUGGAGCAUGAGUAUAUUCACAAUUUUAAACUUCUGCAAGCAUCGUUUAAGCGAAUGAAUGUUGAUAAGGUGAUCCCAGUGGAGAAGCUGGUGAAAGGGCGUUUCCAGGACAACCUGGAUUUCAUUCAGUGGUUUAAGAAGUUCUAUGAUGCUAACUAUGAUGGGAAGGAGUAUGAUCCUGUGGAAGCACGGCAAGGGCAAGACGCAAUCCCUCCCCCUGACCCUGGCGAACAGAUCUUCAACCUGCCCAAAAAGUCUCACCACGCAAACUCUCCCACUGCAGGUGCGGCUAAAUCCAGUCCAGCGUCUAAGCCAGGAUCCACACCUUCUCGUCCCUCAUCAGCCAAAAGGGCUUCAUCCAGCAGCUCAGCAUCCAAAUCUGAUAAAGAUUUAGAAACACAGGUCAUACAGCUUAAUGAACAGGUACAUUCAUUAAAACUUGCCCUCGAAGGUGUGGAAAAGGAGAGAGAUUUCUACUUUGGCAAGUUGAGAGAGAUUGAGCUACUCUGCCAAGAACACGGGCAGGAAAACGAUGACCUUGUGCAGCGACUAAUGGAAGUCCUCUAUGCUUCGGAAGAACAUGAGGGCCACCCGGAAGAGGCCGAGGCUGAGGACCAAGUCCAUGACCAGCAGCCCCAGCAGCAGGAAGAGUACUGAAGCGUCCUGGCCCCUUGCGCCUUCAGCUGUGCGUGGGAACUUUUCUUCUGGAGAAACGUGUGGCCUCAAGCUCAACAGAAACCAGUCGUUCCCAGUCUGCCGUUAACAUCAACGCACUGUUGCAUCCGCCAGCCACCGCGCUCGGUUCCCAUUUCCUUUGCCAAGACCCGUUAGCAGCCAGCCGUUGGGCGGCCUGAGAGGUCACGGGGUCACAUACCUACCACUUCACCACUUGGCUGCUUGGGAUUGAUUCUGCUCUUCUCAUUUCUUUCCGGAACAACUCUCCCCAUCGCCCCACCACCACCCCCUUUUUAUCCUGGUGUGAAACAAUGGUAAUUUGAUAUAUGGUAUUUAUAUUGGCAUUUCUCAACCAGUGUCACUAGAUGUCACACAUUCGUGGUGCUUUGAUGUUUGCAAGUCUAACCUCUGAACGUAAAUUUGGUCAAAUGAUAAAUUGGAGCAAAGGGAAAGAGAUCCUUGAUAUGAAAGCCAUAAGGACAGUGACUUGUUUUAUAGGGAAAAAGUUUCCCCCUCGACUCCCAACACUAAAGGGAAAAAAAAAAAAUGGAAUCAAAACUAGGACUUCAGGGCCCAGCAGUAUUUCUCCCCGAGCGCAGCAGACGGCCACACAGUUAGUUUCGAAAGACAUUCACUCGAGGACACCCCCAUCCCCACUUCACCCUCCGACUGCUUGCCCUCCCCUCCCCCACCCGGGUUCUCAUGCUUUUUUCUUUCUCAGGGUCCUCUUUGGUGGGCAGCCACUCUCCCCAAAAGCUGUCAUCAAUUACCUAUAGUCCAGAGGGGGUCUGCGUAGGUGCAGGUCCUCCUGCCUGUCUCUGGCUUUCAGCCCAAAGCCCGUCCUCCGCGUUAGGGGACUCCUCCUCCAGAAUGACUUCAGGGUGUGCGCCCCUGAGGGGCAGGGCUCUGCGUCGUGCCACACGCUUGCUGCCAAGUGAAGACCUUCUUACUAGGAGCGUCAUUCCAAGGGAGACUCCGGAUUCUGAAGUCUGGUGUUGACACUGGAAUGACAGCACAGGAAAAAAAAUCUAUGACUCCCCAUACCUUCGGGAAAAGGAAUUUCCCUUGUUAAUACUCUGGCCCUCCUUGUCAUUGAUAACCAUGGCAAUUCGCAAAUAGAGGAAACAUUAAUGAAUUAAAAGCAUUCCUUAUUUUUUUAACUAAUAUUUGCACAUUUUCUUAGUAUCUUCCCAAAUCUCUGCCUCUCUUAUUCCUCCGACAGAUGGUAUCCCUUCCUGGAUCAUUCAUUUCACUUGGUUUCCUAACUUUAGAUGUACUUCACUUGUUAUUUGACUUAGCAGGUGCAAGAACAACAAACAAGUGUGCCCGCCCCACUUGCCUCUUAACUGAAAAGCUUAAAAUAAAUUUCUGAAAUAUGUAUCCGAAAGCUUUGACAUUUCUUUAUUAAUUGAUGGAAUACUAAUUCUAAAUUCUAGCAUUGGAGCUUGCCACCAAAAGAAGUCUUCCCACAAUCUCUCGCAGCAAAGUGGUAUUUGAGUUACCGGUGAACACGAUGGCUUGUAUUUGUGAGGUUAUUACAACGCACUGUGCAUAACUGGACAGACGUUCUGUGGUGUUUGGUUUCCCUUCCUUCUCUCUCCCGCCUGCUCUGCGCGGCGGCGGCAGCUCCCUUCUCUCAGGCUGGACAGCCUGGCUCUCGGCAGUGACAUCCUCCCGCACCUGGGUACAGGUGGUGGUUGUGCUAUGCUCGGCCGCACGCUUACCGUUGUGGUCCCUCCCGGCCAUUUGUAUGGACCUUCCUUUUGUAAAAAUCGCUCUUGUACAGAGGCACAGUAAAUAACUCUACGCGCAGAGCAUGCUUCGGUGGUUGCUAGGCAGAGACAUCUCAGUGAUGCCCAGUGCCUGGUAGACCGUGGCCGGAAUUGCCGGCAUGGGGGUGGGUGUGAUGAUGGCGGAAGUUGCCUCAGCCUCGCGGGGGGACAGCUGCUCUGCCUCCCCCUGGUGCCCCAGGCUUGUCAGCUAGGAAACCUACUGGCCAGAUACCUUCCCUUUCCCAGGUGGUCGUCCUUGAUUCUCCAUCCCAGGUCUUAGCGCCAGCUCCUCACGGAUUUAGAGAAGCGUUCCACAUCCUUCUUUCUGUCCGCAUCUGACCCCUCUUCCAGCGUGCCGGGUGGUGUGCGACAUCACGGAUAUUUGGGGGAAUCUUGAACCGCUAGGAUUCUCCGUCGUCUUGGGCCGCACCCCAACUUCUGUGCAGACCACCUCCUUCCCCAGGGCCACUCCUUUCUCCCCGAGGCCCACACCCCAUCAUCCUCCCAUCUCGGCAUCCAGGGCACGCUUUCUUCCAUGGCCACCCCCAUCACACGUCCUCACGCCGGGCUGAGAAGCAUCCCUUUGUGGGCUCUGCCUGCCCUCGCAGAAGCCGGACUUCAUUCUUGGCCACGCAGCUGUGGCCGGUGAUAGCACUUCCGCUGCUCGUGUCAGAUAGGAAGUGAUUGAAGCAGGGGGCAGAGAGAGAGCCCGUCUUCUUUCUAAGCAGAAAAAACCAGACAAACACCUUGUUGACCAGAGAGAAGUAAACUCCAGAAGGGAACCAAGAACUCCUCCCUUCCCUGGUGAGUAUUUCCAUUAUUCCGUUAAGGUUUAAUAUGCAUUCAGAUUACUUUUACUAAAUAGUACACCAUAAAGCUUUUGUUAUAUAUUCAAUGUAAACUGAAAGGAAUGUAAACAUAUGUAUUGUUAAUUAUAAAUAGAUAAGUAAUGACAUCAUAGAUGAAAAAGUCUUAUUCAGAUGUAUCACAUUCAUUUUACAUUACCCUAUUGUCGCAUGGUAGGAUAGUUUUUUUGUCUCUGAAUAUGUGAAUAACUUGACUUGCGUUUAUCUUUUUACAUAUUUAAUAAAAAAAAGUAUAUGUUAAAAGGA